AUGAACGAUCUCUUCUCGGGUUCCUUCAAGAAAUACCAGGACCUCAAGAAACAGGUCCAUGUCGAUGAUAUCGAGGCAGGUGGUGCGGGUACCGAAAACGAAACAAUCAACCUCGACAAAUUCUUUGAAGAUGUAGACAAAGUCCAAGAUGACAUGAAAGAGGUCGAGACUCUCUACAAGAAACUUCAAGAAUCAAACGAAGAAACAAAAACAGCCCACAAUGCCAAAACCGUCAAACAGCUCCGGUCCCAAAUGGACGCCAACGUUUCCCAAGUCCUUAAACGAGUCAAACUCAUUAAAGGCAAACUUGAGGCCCUGGAGAAAUCCAACGUCGCACAUCGCAGCCUACCAGGGUGCGGACCAGGUUCGUCGGCGGACCGUACCAGGAUAUCGGUUGUGAGUGGGCUAGGAAAAAAGCUGAAGGUAAUGAUGGACGAGUUUCAGGCCCUGAGAAGCAAAAUGCAGGCAGAGUACAAGGAAACGAUAGAGAGGAGAUAUUUUACCAUAACGGGUGAAAAGCCGAGCGAUGAUCUAGUGGAUGACUUGAUAUCGAAUGGUGAGAGCGAGAGUUUUCUUCAGAAGGCGAUUCAGGAACAAGGGAGAGGGCAGAUUUUGGAUACAAUUUCUGAGAUUCAGGAAAGGCAUGAUGCGGUUAAGGAUAUAGAGAAGAAUUUGAUUGAGUUACAUCAGGUUUUUCUUGAUAUGGCGGCUCUUGUGGAGGCACAAGGCCAACAGCUUAACGAUAUCGAGAGCCAUGUGCAACACGCAAGCUCGUUCGUUAGAAGAGGGACAGAGCAGCUGGUUGAGGCCAGGGAGUAUCAGAAAAGCUCGAGGAAAUGGACUUGUAUUGCGGUUAUUCUGGGAAUUUGUUUGAUUUUACUAAUCCUUUUCCCUAUUUUGGUUAAUCUUAUGAUCAUCAAACUGUAGUGAGUACUCCCAUUGAUCUGUCUAUUUCCCCAAGAAGAAUGUCC